UUUUCUUUGUUGCAGCUCUGGAAGGUCUACCUCUUGCAGCAGGUGGCGUGACUAGCCUGUAUUUAAUUGCGUUGAAAAAGAAACUGCAAGUGCAUAACACCGGUCGGAUUUUCAUUAACCAGUUAUAAAUAUCGUAACCUAUAUCAUGCGCCGCCGUCACAUUUUCCUAAAACAUAGGACAAAGAAAUCAAGGCCGGGGCAAUUUAAUAGGAGCGUGUGUACCUGUACCACCGGUUGUCGGAACUCGCAACCGCCGCAAGAAAAGCGUAAUAACAGGUGGCUCCGCGUCGCGGCAGGUGGAUCAAUUUCUUUUUUUACUCUUUUUUUUCAUCGUUCCUGCACGGUGUACGUUCCCCCAUUGUUUUCGAGCGAUGCACACAGUACCUGACAGGGCGUAUUGAAAGCACUGUGGUGUCCGAAACCCGAUCCGUGGCCGCGCGAGCUACAAGUGUCAGCAAGAGGGACGAUAAAUAUGACGAUUCCGUGGAGGAGCUUGUCACGAUAGAUGAUAGAUGAAAUCGAUUACCGUCGCCUUCCGCACUGUACAGGUACAGGUUAUAACCUGCGUUAUUAUACAGUGUGCAGUAUAUACGGAUGAAAGCUCGUGAUUGUGGUCAAAUAAAAGACGAAAUAAUGCCGCCGUCGUCCCAUACGAAUUGGACGAAGCCCUUGCUGAAAAGUAGACAAACAAUGCAGAUGCAGCCGAAACGAACGACAUAUACUGCACAGAAUCAAAAUUCAAACGGCAGUAGUACGGACCACGGUGCUACACCACUUGAUAGGAGAAUCAAAGUUGUUUUAGUAGGUGAUGGUGCCGUUGGAAAGACCAGCCUCGUUGUUUCUUAUUCGACGAACGGAUUCCCCGGAGAAUACGUUCCCACUGCUUUCGAUAAUUAUAAUGUGGUAGUCAAUGUUGAUGGUCAACCAUUAAAUGUUCAAUUAUGCGACACAGCAGGUCAAGAUGAUUUUGAUCCUUUGAGAUCAUUGUGUUAUCCAGAAACAGAUGUGUUUCUAGUCUGCUUCAGUGUGGUAUGCCCAUCUUCUUAUCAUAGUGUAGCUUCUCGAUGGAUAAACGAAAUAAGGAAGUAUUGCCCAAAUGCACCCAUUAUUUUGGUAGGCACAAAGAGUGAUUUAAGGUCAGACGUGCACCUUAAAUUACAAUUAGCAAGAUACGGCCAAACACCAAUUACAACCACUCAAGGACAUCAAUUAGUUCAAAGAGUGGGUGCUGUAAGUUACGUAGAGACAUCCGCGUUAACUCAACACGAUCUUAAAGAAGCAUUUGAUCAGGCAAUAGUUAGUGCUCUCAAUACCCGAAGAGGUGGUGCAAGUUUAUUAUUUAGGCGUAGAAAACCCUUACCAUUGUGGCGCAGGUGGUUAUGUUGUUGGGAAAGACCUUCAAGUGGUGCAUAAAUAUUAUAAUUAUUAGACUCUCUAGAAUAUCCUCUGUGAUCAAGUAUGGCUACUUUGUUAUCAGGAUUUCUUAAUCCUUAAUCCUCGCCUAAUAUUUCAUAGAUUGAUACUUCUCUUUCUUGAGAAUUCUUUGACUUGAAAGGUAUUUUGUAUUGUUAUAAUUCCUUUAUUUUUAUUACACUACCAAAUACCUCCAUUAAUCUUAUUUUCAUAAUUAAAAAUUAAUCUAAUAGAUUGUUCAAAGCAUAUUUUAUUCUUUACGAUGACAAUACUAUGGCACUAUUACAGGUAUAUUUUCUCCAGAGAUUUAGGGACUUUUAGAUUCUGAUAGCUACAUUGUAUGCCACUCAUAAAAUUCCUGAAGCCAAACAUGGCAUAAUUUAUUACAAUAUUAAUCAUAUUUUUGUUACUAGUAUGUAAUUGGCGACUU